AUGACAAUAAAUAAUAACAGCGUAUUUUCGACAGAUAAUCCUAUCGUUCGUGCUAAAGGCAUGAAUGAGUUUCGUAUGAUAGAUACUGAAAUUUCAAAUAACAUUUUAAAUCAUAGACCAAAUAGUACAAAUGUUUCAAAUAUCCAAGUUCAUUUUUAUCAAAAUGCACUUCACGGCUUUGAUACCUCUGAUAGUGGUUCAUUUGUAUCAGAAAGUUAUUCACGAAAUAGUGAUUCUUUACACUUGACGAUUCCUGAAUUUCAUAUUAAAGAGACUUCACAUGCUCAGGAAUAUGGUUCAAAAAAUAAAAGAUUUAGUCACAAUUCAUUUUUUUCAAAGCUGACAAAAUCUCGGCGCGAUUCAAAGAAUCAAAAAACUCUUUCCCAUAAUCUCCAUAACUCUCUCAGAGUUUACCAAACUUCUACUUCACCAAUUAUAUCUUCGCCACCAAUUAUAUCUUCGCCGCCAAUUAUAUCUUCUUCACCAAUUAUAUCUUCUUCACCAAUUAUAUCUUCUUCACCAAUUAUAUCUUCUUCAUCAAUUACUUCUUCACCAAUCGCAACUUCAUCUCCAUCCUCAAUUACACCUUCAUCAUCAAUUACAACUCCAUCACCAAUCACAACUUCUUCUUCAAUUAUGCCAAUCAUUCCUGAAAAUCCUCAAAGAUUCGGUAAUUUAGGUGACAUUUCAAGUAGUACUAUUAAUUCUUUUAGUACAUCUUUUGAUGGUUAUUUAAGAUCUCAUACUGUCGAUUCUUCCGAUUCACAAAAAGAAAAUUCUGUUGGAAGAUAUCCAUUAAAUAAAUCUGAGGAUAAUACUUUGGCAAAACUUCCAAAUCAAAAAUGUAAAAAAAGACUUUCUUCCAUUUUCAAAAAACCAAAGAAACAACAUCCUUUACUUUCUAAUGCUAUUCAAGCUUUAGAAUUAUCAAGAUAUAAUGAUGCUAUCAAUUUAUACUCACAAAUUUUAAUGAAAUAUCCUAAUAGUUAUUCUAUUAGAUGUGAUAGAGCUUAUGCUUCUUAUCAAGUGGAAGAUUGGGAUAGAGCUCUUUCCGAUUUGAAUUUUGCUAUUUCAAAAAAACCAAAAAAUCCUCGUGCUUAUACUUUACGUGGUGAAAUUUAUAGACUUUUGGGUUCUUAUAAAGAAUCUUUAAUAGAUUUCAAUAAAUCUUUAAAAUUACAACCAAAAAAUGUUUACGCUUUAAGAGCUAGAGCUGAAGUUUAUUAUUCAAUAAGUCAUUAUAAUGAUGCUAUAAUGGAUUUAAAUUUGGCUUUAGAUUUAGAACCUACAAAUUCUUAUACUCUUGGUAGACGUGCUAAAGUUUAUUGUUCUAUUGGUUUCUUUGGUGCUGCUUUAUUAGAUUUAAAUAAAGCUUUGGAAAUUGAAGAUUCUAAUAUUGAUUCAAUUUUGGCAACUCGUGGUGAAGUUUAUUAUUCUCUUGGACGUAAUGAUUUGGCUUUAUUAGAUUUAAAUGAUGCUAUAAUGCAUGGUGAAAAUGUUUCGGCACUUGAACGUCGUGGUUAUAUUUAUAGAUCCCUUGGUAGAGAUGAGGAUUCUUUGGCUGAUUUUGAAAAACUUCUUCAACUUAAUCCAAGAAAUUUUAUUGCCCAUAAAACUAUUUCGGAAAUUUUAUAUUCUAUGGUUGAUUUUAGUUCAUUUUUAACUCUUAAACCUAAUGAUUUGGAUGCUCUUAAAUUUCGUGGUGAUGCUUAUAGAUUAAUUCAAGAUUUUGAAAGGGCUGAAGAAGAUUUUACUAGAGUUUUAUCAAUUGAUCCAACUGAUGUUUAUUCAUUAACUAGACGUGGUGAAGUCUAUAGAAUGCAACAUGAAGGAUUAAAAGCUUUACAUGAUUUAGAUAAAGCUAUUAAUCAAGAACCUGAUAAUCAAAUGGCAAGAGAAAGUCGUGGCGCUGUAAAUAGAACUUUUAGACGUUACGAAGAAGCUUUAGAAGAUUUAGAUAAAGCUAUAUUUCUUAAUCCUAAUAGCGGUUCUGCAUUGGCUAAUCGUGGAAGUGUAUACUAUAUGUUACAACGUCAUAAUGAAGCAUUAAUUGAUUUAAACGCCGCCUUAACUAUUGAUCCAGAUCAUGUAUUUGCAUUAGAAACACGUGGUGCAUUAUAUAAUGCGAUUGGAAAACGUGGAGCAAUUUACCGAACUUUAAAAUCAUAUACUAAAGCUUUAUUAGAUUUAGAUAGAGCUAUCGAGAACAUAAGGGAUAAAGCAUUUCAUCUUGAACAUUCUACAAUAGCAUUAUACAAUCGAGGAGCUGUAUAUAGUACUUUGGGAAGAUAUGAGGAAGCUUUGGCAGAUUUCAAUAGGGUCUUGUUUAGAGAACCAGAUCAUUUACCUACAUUAUGUGAACGAAGUCUAAUUUAUGAAGUAUUGGAAAAGACAGAUAAAGCAUUAAUUGACAUAGAUCAUAUAUUGAGAAUUGAUCAUACGAAUGAGCAUGCUGUUGCUCUUAUGAAAAAGUUGAAAGACGGUAAAAAAAAAAUGGAUAAAAAGAAUUAA